AUUGGCGUUAAACGAAAUUAAUUCCGAUACUUAUUGGAAAAAGUAUUAAAGUUUAUUAUCGAAAUAUGAAUUAGGAGCAAAUCGCUAAUCUCAUCAAAAGUCAAAUUUUAUGUCAAAUAUUUUUUUUUUCGAAAUGAGUAACAGCAACUGUGGUGUCGAAUUUUUUAAUUUAUUCAUGUAUUUUUUAAAAAUUAAAUACAUUUUUAACUGUAAUAUUUUUGCUAUUUUCUAUUUUGUAUUUUUAUAUUUGUACAUGUAACGGAAUUUGUUUGGAAUAGAGUUAUUAAGCAUUUUGUAAAUAGAAUAAGUUACACAUUUUUUUUAAAGUCCGCCGAAAAGAACUUUUUCAAAAAGAAAAUACCAAAAGAAAUCCGAAAACUAUUUAAUCUAAAUGUGUGUACUUAGUAGUUGGCAAGUUCAAUUAAAAUCGACAAAUUUGUAAAUUGGAAUUCCCCCAAAAAUAUACAAAAAGAAAAACAUUCAUAUAUAUACAAAAUACGUGCAUAAAAUACAUAUACAUACAUAUAAAUAUAUAUAUUUACAAAUCAACGUGAUUCUUAACAAAAAAUAAGCAUAUGUACAAUCGUAUGAUAUGCGUAUUUAAAACCAUAAUACAUCCAGACAUAAAAAAAAAACAACAUUCAUAUGUACAACUAAAAAUCGAAUAUGUAGCAAAAGCGUUUUAACCGCAAAAAUAAACCAAAAGAAAAUCGUUUUUAAAUAAGCAUAAAAGGAAACGCCGCUAAAUGAAGAUUAAAAGAGUAGCGAAGAGAGCGAAAUGAGUUGCGAGCAAAAGCUCUUAAGCUUUUGAAGAGCUUUGCAGCCGGUCGACGGCCAUUUUAAGAGAGGCGCUUCGCUUGUGGAUUGUUAGUUGCCUUUUGGUAAUUGCAAAGCAAGUGACAACUUUAAAAGAGUUAUUCGCAAAGUAUAAUUUUAUAUUUUCACUUCGGUUAAAUUUAAUAAAAAAUCCUUCGAAAUGAGCGCAGAAAAUCCUUUAACCAAAGGCUCCACUCACCCCGCUCUGCCAGAUGAUGGCGCACCACGUCUUUACUCCAAUCGUUAUUGUCCCUAUGCGCAGCGCGCUCAUCUAACGCUGAAUGCCAAGAAGGUGCCGCACCACGUCGUCUAUAUCGAUCUGGUUAACAAGCCCGAGUGGCUGGUGGAUGUGAGUCCUCUGUUGAAGGUGCCUGCUCUGCAUUUGGUGGGAGGGAAUUCGAAGCCUUCACUCAUCGAGUCGCUGAUCAUCGUCGAGUAUCUGGAUGAGAAGUAUCCGCAGAAUCCUUUGCUGCCCAAGGAUCCUUUAAAGCGUGCUCAGGACAAGAUUCUUGUGGAACGCUUUAAUGCCGCUAGCGGAGCUCUAAUGAAGAUCGCUCUCCAGGGCGGAGAUGGUUCUGAUCUGUGGCCGGUGUUUGACAUAUUCGAGGAGGAGCUGGCCAAGCGUAGCACUCCUUAUUUCGGUGGCGAGAAGCCCGGAUUCCUGGACUACAUGAUCUGGCCCUGGUUCGAGCGUCUGCCUGUGGCGGAGUAUUUCCUCAAGGAACGCUUCAACUUUAACAAGGAGCGUUAUGCUAAGCUCAGUGCUUGGGUCGAUCUGAUCGUCAAGGAUGAGGUGGUGCAAUCUCAUUACGCCACACCCGAGGCGCAUGUGAGUCACUUUAAGAAGGUCGCUGAACUUUUCAAGAACAGAAAAUAGACUUUCUUGAGCGACACUUGUAUUAAAUGCUGAUCUUGACAUUGAGUCAAAUCUAUAAAUUUGUGUUGUUCAUAUAAAAAGUAAUAAAGAACGCCAUUCAACCAGAAGUCUCGAUUUUU